AUGGGUGAAAGUAAGUAUUUAGGCCCGGAAGUGGUACGAGAAGCGAAUGAAGUUAUUGCCAAGAUAAGAGCCUGCAUGAUUGCUUCACAGGAUCGACAACAGAGUUAUGUUGAUCCUAAACGUAGGCAUGUCAAGUUCCAAGUCGAAGAUUAUGUAUUCCUCUAUGUUUCGCCUAUGAAGGGAAUUAAAAGGUUUGACCCGUCUCAUAUUCUUAGUUAUGAGACGUUGAAUGUGCAAGAAUACCUUUCUUAUGAGGAAAAGUCAAUAAAGAUCCUUGAUAAGAAGGAAAAAGUGUUACGGAAUAAGAUGAUCGAGUUAGUCAAGGUCCUUUGGAGGAAUGGUUCUGUAGAAGAAGCAAUGUGGGAAUUGGAAUCGGUUAUGUUCGAGCAAUACCCAGAAUUGUUUAGGUAA